AUGUCCAUAAUCAAUCAUGAAGUAUGUGAAACUCAUAUUAUGGCUUCACUGAAAAUUAAACUAAGUACACAUUGUUUACCUAUUUUACCAUCAUUAACUAAAGAACAUAAUCGUCAAGUCUCCUUCAACAGAGAUGGCGUUAAACAAUUAAUAGAGAUUACUAUAUUUUUAGCAAAACACAAUCUAUCUUUUAGAGGACAUGAUGAAUGCUGGAAAAAUGAUUUGAAAGGAAAUUUCAAAGAUAUGGUAGUUUUAUUAGCACAAUAUUCAGCUACAUUAUCAGUACACACAAGUAAUUUGAAAAGCAAUGCUAGAAAAGAAUAUUCUUUUAUUUCAUGGGAAAGACAAAACUUACUCAUUGAAUCUGUAGCUGAAUAUGAAUUAUCAGUAAUUAAAUCACAAAUUAAUUCUGCUGAACUUUUUAGUAUAUGCAGAGACUCAACAUUUGAUGUGUCGCAUAAAGAGCAACUUUCGUUCAUUGUUAGAUACAUUUUUGAUGGAAAAAUCCAUGAAAGAUUGUUAGCGUUAACCAAGUCAUCGACUACUACAGGUGAAGCACUUUUUCAACAGUUUAAAUCAGUAAUGGAAAGGAAUAAUUUGGACUGGAAAAAUAACCUUUUGGCCAAUUAUAUGAUGGUGCGGCUAAACAUGCGAGGAACAUACAAUGGAUUGCAAGCUCGAAUCCUGGAAAUGAAUCCUAAAGCUUUAUAUAUCUGGUGUUAUGCGUACAGAUUAAAUUUAAUCAUAUUGACUGCUGUUGGUUUAUGUACAGAAGCAAUUGAUUUAUUUGGCGAUUUGGAAAAAUUAUAUACAUUCAUAAAUUGUAGUAAGAAAAGAGCAGAUUUAUACAGUCUAAAACAAUCUUAA